CCGUUGGAAGCGGAAAACUACGUUUCCCAUAGACCCUCGCUGUGGGUACUGUGCACGUGAGUUUGACGUCUUGAGCUCGAGCGCUGAGCUUCUCGGUAGGUCUCAGUCAAUCAGUGAGUGGAAGAGAGUGUGUCCGCCAUUUACAGUUGGGAAGAAAAGAGCGUGUGUAUCUCGGAUCUGACAGACGGAAUAAGCACCCAUCUUCGUGCCCCCCUUCUUACCUGGGGGGCCCGGGCUCUAAUCUAUCAUCAUUUGUCAGAAGUGGAAUGUUGGCGAUUUUGUUUUGUUGAAAAAUCAGUUACAGUGGAAGAGAGGAAGAAGCCGGGAUGUUACGUAUGUGGAAGGGACCGCAGUGAGAGCCUCUCCCCGGGUAGCUGGAUGUUACCCUGUGGUUUCCAUUGUUGCUUCCAGGCCUUUCCUGAGCGACGGUCCUGUCUUGUCAUCAUCAUUUGUUGACUUUUUCGGAAAAGCUCGACAUAUUCAUUGCAUCCAUUUUGAAAGCCUUUACGGACAUCGACGGAACAGUUGUGGCGCUGUACAUCAUCGAUAUUUUAAAAAAAGGUCUCCAGAUAAUCGUGAUCUUGAGCUGCUCUGCUGUUGAGAGAAUUGUACAGAUUGUUGCUUUGAUUGUACUUUUGGAGGAGGGGCAAUUAAAAAAAAAUUGGAGCUUAAAACGAGGGGAAAAAACUUGACUGUUUUCACUGACCGUCUUCUCGAUUCCAUUUUAAAAUUCCUUUAUUCUCUUGAGAAAUUGAGAUUGAAUGAAAGCAGUUUCGUCUUUUUAAAUUAAGGAUGGAUGAAUCACAUCAAAUUGUUUAUUACGAUGUAUUGCAACUGACUGAGAUGGACAGUAUUUUUUGUCUCUUUUUUAAAGGAACAUCCGUGUUCCAGGGAUCCUACCCUUUGCACAAAAAUAAUAUGGAAUUAUUUUGUAUUUAAAAAAUCAGCUUGCAGUCGUCUCGUAGUUAAAGAAAAGAUUUCCUGUCCCUUGUGUUGAAAUCUUGGGUUAGUGAAGAACCCCUUCAUUUUGUUUUGAAGCCGAUAGCCAGUUGGUUGUCCUGUGGCAAUGUCAGAAAGCGCAGACAAAAUUGAUUCAUUAUUGCGACCUCCUAAAAACGGUACCAAUUCUAGUUCUGACACGACAAUAGGAGAACGUUUUGGAGUAAGUAUGAGAAAAAAGGAAGAGUUCAACGCCCUCAGGAGGCGGAGGCAUACAAUGGACAAGGAUAGCAAAGCAGAACACCAACGUUUUAUUAGGAGGAGUGUGAUCUGCGAUUCUAACGUAACCGCAUUGGACCAUUUACCUAGUAAAACCAGCAUUAUCGUUUCUCCGCCUGAGUCGGAUAAUACAACCAUAUUAAUAAGUGGUGUUACCAAUAAUAGUGAAACGCGGCCUCCAAUACAAAUAACUCCUGUUGACCCAGUGUCUGCUGCAGUUUCUGUAAUUGGCGAAGAAAAAUGCGAAAACUGUACUGAUGGCAAUGCGAAAGAUGAAAGUAGGGUCGCUGGUAUUGGUGAUGAACCAUCUCGGCCCCCUGCCCGAUCGCCCGAUGUUUACGUUUGCAAUCAUGCUGCAAGUACAGUUAGCGGCAUCAUCAGCAAGGACAGAAAAAAGCAAAAAGCUGUUCCAAUCAGGGAGGAGGUUGAGUCGAAAGUCAGCGAAGAGGAUAGUGCGGAGAACCGAGAGGCGGAGGAGGCAAGAAAUCUCGAGAGGAAGGCGCAGGAGGAUAAUGAAGAAAUAGAGACAAAGGCUGUGGCAACUUCCCCUGAUGGGAGGUUUUUGAAGUUUGACAUAGAAAUUGGGAGAGGAUCUUUCAAAACUGUCUACAGGGGUCUCGACACGGAAACAACUGUUGAAGUAGCUUGGUGUGAAUUGCAGGACCGAAAGUUGUCAAAAUCAGAAAGGCAAAGGUUUAAAGAAGAAGCUGAAAUGUUAAAGGCCUUGCAGCAUCCGAAUAUAGUUAGAUUUUAUGAUUCUUGGGAAUCAACGUUGAAAGGAAAGAAAUGUAUAGUGCUGGUGACAGAAUUGAUGACGUCAGGAACUCUGAAAACCUACUUAAAAAGGUUUAAGGUGAUGAAAAUCAAAGUACUUCGAAGCUGGUGCCGUCAAAUCUUGAAGGGACUCCAUUUUCUUCAUACUCGUACCCCACCUAUCAUCCACAGAGAUUUGAAGUGUGACAACAUCUUCAUUACAGGCCCUACUGGAUCAGUUAAAGUUGGUGAUCUUGGCCUUGCUACAUUAAAAAGGGCAUCAUUUGCAAAAAGUGUAAUAGGUACCCCUGAGUUCAUGGCUCCUGAGAUGUAUGAAGAAAAAUAUGACGAAUCUGUUGAUGUUUACGCUUUUGGGAUGUGUAUGCUAGAGAUGGCAACGUCAGAAUAUCCAUACUCGGAAUGUCAGAAUGCUGCUCAGAUCUAUCGUAGAGUAACUAGUGGAGUGAAGCCAGCCAGUUUUGACAAAGUAGCAAUCCCUGAGGUUAAAGAAAUAAUUGAAGGAUGUAUCCGCCAGAACAAAGAUGAACGGUAUGCAAUUAAGGACCUUCUGAGUCAUGCUUUCUUUCAGGAAGAUACUGGUGUUCGUGUAGAGUUGGCAGAAGAAGAUGAUGGAGAGAAACUUGCAAUUAAGCUUUGGCUGAGAAUUGAGGAUAUCAAGAAGCUUAAAGGAAAAUAUAAGGAUAAUGAAGCCAUAGAAUUCUCAUUUGACUUGGAAAGAGAUGUUCCAGAGGAUGUGGCACAAGAAAUGGUGGAAUCUGGAUUUGUAUCUGAGGGAGAUCACAAAACAAUGGCAAAAGCUAUCAAGGACCGUGUAUCACUAAUCAAACGAAAGCGUGAACAACUCCAGUUGGUCAGGGAAAAACGGAAAAAGCUAAAAGAACAGCAGAAGAAGCAUGAUCAACUGCAGCAUCCAAAAGCUCAACAAGGUGCUAGUGUCACCCAAACUGGGGGAGGACAUCCAUCCCAGUUAUCUGCCACAGCAGUCUCUUCUUCCCUUACUGCAACACCACCAACUCAAGUUGAACCUGAAGAGCCUGAAGCAGAUCAACAUCGUCUUCAAUACCAGCCAGCUGGUAACUCUGUUAUAUCUGAUGGCACUUUUGACAGUGGCCAGAGUUCUUCUGGGUUUUCAGAUUCCCAUCUUAGUCAAGCAGCUUCCUAUGGUUCGACUCAAGAACAACAUAUUUCAUCCAGCCAACCUCCAUGUUACACUCCUUCAACCGUCCAGGCAGCAUCGCAACAGCUUGGUGGCCAUCAACAGUCUACAGGGCAGCCCCCAUCUCUUGUGCAUCCUUGUGGGGGAGUUACAUCACAACCAGAGACUGGUUCAUAUCCAUCUAUUCCUCAAAGACCAUUUUCUUUCUCUCCACCACCAAGUUUUCCUCUGAAACCUGCUCAUCCUCAACGCCGCAAAAGUACUUCCUUCCUGGAAGCCCGAACAUGCCACUUUCAGCCGAUGGCAAGGACUGUAGGACAGAAACUUCUGUCUCCUGGUGAUUUUUCAAAUCUGAAUGUUGAAAGCUCAGCCAUGAAAGGUUUGGUUACUCAUAGGUCUGCCAGUGAACCAAUCCGUAUUGAAGGUCAGGUGCAACCAGAGCAAGUCCAUGCUUUCAUUGAAAGCAGAUCAGGAUUGGAUCAGUUUGAAGACAUUCCACUUUUGUGUUAUCCAGCAAUUUAUCCUUGUAAUGUGCAGCUGCAGCAAACUUUACAAGACCCCUAUGACGUUGUAACUCAUAGUAACUUUCCCACUAUUGCACUUUCUUUGCACCAAAUUCCAACUGAAGUAAAAGUACAACAGCAGCAGAUUUAUUCCCAGCCCUUGAGUUUGGAGGAGUCCUUUAGUGGUUCGACUUUUCUCCCCUGCCCAAAACAAAAUCUAAUGGGCCAUAUAUCUCAAAAGAUGCAGGUGGCUUCUCACACGAUACCAGCUCAUAUUUCAAAUCUACCUUCUCAUCUUCAACUGCCGCAGGAUGUGACACAAAUGCAUGGACAGCAUGGGAAGGUUGGAGAACCGCAGGCAGUAUUUCCGGUGCCAUCUGAAGUACUUAUACCUGUACGGGAUGAUAAGGAUCCUCAAAGUGAAUCUGCAAUAGCGGGUGUACGCACACAAAAUAGUGUUGGGACAAUGAAUACUGUGCUCUCUCUUCCACAUUUGAUUGCCCCUCAUUCAGCGCCACCUAUUCCACAAUUAAAUGAAAACAGAACUGGGUCAGUGUUUGAUUUUCAAGUUUCUCCAGUUCACGUGGAGACUAACGGUAUCCAUAUUCCAUUUCUGCCAUCUACUCAAAGGAUUUACAGAAGUCGGCGGGGCUCAGUGGAUCUCAGUUUGGAUGACAGCCAAGGAACUGGAAUGCACAGCAGGCUUCAGCCAGUAACCGAAGGUCAAGUUGUUUAUUUCAGUUCAGAUACUUUGGUACUUCCAGGAGACUUCCUGCGGAGGAGACAGCCAAGGUCAGAAGAACUCUCUCAGAAUCUCAGUCCGCAGCGUUCAAGUGACUCUGGUCAGUCAAGUUCCUCAGAAGCAAGGGAACUUCAGUCACCACCACUUUUGGGUUCCACAAUUCCAUACUUCAACGUAUCAUUGUAUCAUGAGCAGCAACAAGUUUUGCCGGAGCAUGACACUGAUUAUGAAACAUUGCAAAGUGUGCCAGUUUCACUUGCUGCAUAUCCAUCAGUGUUCAUUCAGACUAAUACAGAAUCUUUUCCGCCACCCUCGGGAACAGCUGGCUUGUAUCUCCAAGUCAUGGAAGGAUCAAGUUACCGACCUGUUUCAUCCCAGCAGAACUUGCCACUGGAUCACAGUUCUGCAGAUGGACAGUGUCUACCAUUGGUACAAAUGCAGAGCCAGCUCCCUUCAACCAAUCUUCCUCUGGGUGUGACCUCACAGCAUACAUCUUCACAACUGCCAUCAAGUUCCAUGCAGCCGACAAACCAGUUUGGCAGUUACUUCACCCCAACGUAUCUUCCACAGACAAUACAACAGCAAUCUGCCCAGCAUUCCUUGCCACAGAUGAAAUCAAGUGGCCCAGUUCAAGUUGCUUCUUCGCAUCAAAGUGUACCCAUUGUUCAGAACCAAAUGCUUGCUACUCAACAAGGUCCUACUUCAACACAGAAUUAUUCAACACAAUUGCCAAGUGUAGCUCCAAGUCCUGUGAAAUCUUCUACUGGUGUUCAGUCCACUAUAGUCUCACCACCACUUCCAGUUUCUACUGAAGUUGUAUCUCAGCCUGUUACACAACCAUCAUAUCAUGUCGGGCACGCUGCAAGUAUGGCACUACCGUACAUUGAAUCUUCAGCAGCUGGACAAACAAGAGGACUGCAACCUGGAACCACUACUAUUCAGAACCAGAUUGGGCCUCCAACUCAAUUACAGACACAAGCAUCGCAAGAGAUGUCCCAGGCUUCUCCACAGACAUUGACUGUUGAGCAGUUACAGUUACACCAGUUAUGUUCAUCUGUAGACAGUGCUCACUCUGAUGUUGCUUCGGGGAUGAGUGAUGGAAAUGAAGGCCUUCCAGCAGGUGGAGGAAAUGACGGCCUUCCAGCAAGUGGAAGACAUGAAGGGAGAUCAGCAAAACGGCAUUAUCGCAAAUCUGUGAGGAGUCGUUCACGUCAUGAAAAAUCAUCCAGACCAAAGUUACGAAUUCUUAAUGUUUCAAAUAAAGGAGAUCGGGUUGUGGAGUGUCAGUUGGAAACACACAAUCGGAAAAUGGUUACCUUUAAAUUUGAUUUGGAUGGUGACAAUCCAGUAGAGAUAGCAUCUAUUAUGGUUCAUAAUGAAUUUAUCCUGGAGACUGAGAGGGAAUCAUUUAUUGACCAAGUACGGGAAAUUAUUGAAAAGGCUGAUGAAAUGCUGAGUGAAGAUCCAAGUGGGGAACCAGAAGGUGAUCAAGGAUUGGAGACUGUAAAAACCCAGGUUGAUGUUUGCUUUAGUCAAGCACAGACUGUGGAGGGAAUGUACAGGCAACAAGAAGCUCUAAUAUCUGUACCACUUCAGUUAGGUACACAAGCAGGCUCUGCAAUGCAGGUGGUCCAUUCAGCUGGAAGGCGAUUUAUUGUCAGCCCAGUUCCUGAGAGCAGAUUACGAGAACCAACAUUAUGUAUGGGUGUCACUUCAGUUAAAGAAAAUUCAACAGCUGUUUCCCAUAGUCACAAUCUAAACCUGUCACACUCGGCUUCGUCAGUGAGUUUGCAACAAGCCUUUUCAGAUUUAAAGCACAAACCUUUUCAAGAGGGCCCUAGUACUGCCCCACCUAUCUUCAGCCAAACCAUUCCACCAUUUUCUAUGGUAGCUCCAGAAAUGGCUAGUGUCAGCCAAGGAAUUAAUACACAAACAGUGGUGACAUCCUCAGGACCUGCUACUGUCGUAGCUGCUAGUUCUGCACCUCAAGCCAACGUGCAAAGUAUUCAGUCACAAUCAGAUGAGCAGUUAACUAAUGAAACCAUUGCUGGUGUAAUUGUCUCUAACACUACUUUGCUGCCUCCAGCCUCGCAGCCAGCUCAGCAGUCAGUUGGUGGCAUUUCUGCCAAUGUAAGCAUUCCAACUUGUAUAUCUCCACCACAAUCAUCCCAGAUAAGUCUGCAAAUAAUUGGAGGCUCUGCUGCAAGUGUUUCUGCUCCAAGUUCAGUGUCUCCACCACUGUCAUCGCAUCUUGUUCAACAUUUGAUUGGAGGAGCUGCAAUCAGUGGUGGGCCUUCAGCUUCAGUUUCUCCAUCUUUCACCCAGACUGUGAUAGUGCAAGCUUCUCAACAACUUAGUGGUGGUGCUGUGGUCAGUCUGGCAGAAUCGUCAGCUCCUCUGAGUACAUUACAGAGCCAGACAGAGAUUUUGUGCAGUACAACCCAAGCUGAAGAUCAGCAGAUAGAAGGUAGUGGCAUGACUCUGGCAGUCUCUGCAUCACCGCCAUCCUUACCACCCACUUGUGACACCCAGACUCCUGUGAGCCAGUCCAUUGUGGUGCAAACCAUUAGUGCACAAAAUGUUACUCUACCUCAUCCCGUGGGUGUUUCUGUGCCUCUGGCAACCCAGAUCUCUGUACCUGGCACAGUAUCUGCACAACCUGUUUGCAGUGUUCCUUCUGUACAACAAACACUGAUUCAUAAUCAACCUCAAACAGCUUUUCUUCCAAAUCAGCCCCAUAUUCAUUAUUCUGAAGUUGACAUAGAUUUAAAUACCAAAGGCACUGGCAUUGAUGAUAUCAAGACUUUGGAUGAAAAACUUCGAUCGUUGUUCAGUGAACAUAGCACUGGAGGGUGUCCUCACAUUUCAGCGCCUUUAGAAAUGGGAUUGAACGCAGAGUCUGCUACAAUUGAUAGUUUACUUGCUGCAGGUAAAGUAACUGGUAUCCCGGGGACUUCGACAGUUACUGUCCCGUCCUACCCAGUUGCUACCACAGGUUCUAUCAUGCCUCCUUCCAGUCUACCUCUUGGCCCUACAGGACUUCCAUUAACUAUCCAGCAACCUUUGACUCCUUCCAGUUAUCCAGCAGUUGUUCCUUCUAUGCCCAGUGGGCGACCAGGCACGCCUCCAUCCAAACCACCACUUGGCAGAUUACCCGUGCAACAGUUAAGUACGGAAGCUCUUGACCAACAAUUAAAACAGGCUCUCACUCCACCCACUGAGCAGUUGCCACCUUUUCCAGGACCUUCACUAACCCAGUCACAACAACCUUUGGACACGUUGGAUGCCCAGUUAAGACGAGCGCUGAGCCCAGAGACUGUACAAAACGUGCCUGCUUUUACAUCAGUGCAGAGUGUGGCUCCUGUGAAUGGCUCAGUGGUGUCUUCUGUUCAUAGUUUUAUGCCAACCAGCUCGACUGCAGAAGGUCUUGUCCCACAGCUCGAUGAUAAUGUUGCUGUCUCAGAAUGCAAAUCCGACUCUCGUGAGGAAAAUGUCAUGAUAACAAACACAGUUGCAGCUAUUGGUAUUGGAGCUGGUGUUGUGAAAAUGGGUCGAUUUCAGGUUUCUGUGGCAACAAAUGAUGAUUUGUAUCAGCAAACAUAUGAUGAACAAAGAGGGUGUAAGCAGAAACAUACUUCAGAUGAAUCGUCCUCUUCUGGGAGUCCUGAAAGUACACUUGUUAGACCAUCUGCAAGUGGCAGCCAUGAAGACGUUGUGGAUGGUGCACCUAUAAUUGAAAGCAGAAAUAACGAAUCCUUACCAUACCAAGAUCAAGAACCAGCCCAGCAGGCAAAAAUAGGACGGUUUCAGGUAACAACACGAAGAGAUACUGUUGGCCGUUUUUCAGUGGCAAGGACACAAGAUGAAGUUACAUUUGAGGCUGGCAAGAGAAACCUUCCUUGUGUUCCUAUGAGUACUUCUCCAUUAACAGAACUUUUGUCAUUGCCAGUGGAUCAUGUUACAGAUCGAAUUUUACCACCUAGAGAAUCAAUCGAAUCAGAACAAUGUCUACAUACAAAUGGACCUGUUUUUUCUGAGGUAGGACAGCCUCUUCCAAAGGAGCUUGGUCAAGUGGCAGUUGAUAGUGCAGGCAGUCCAGUAUCUCCUCAAUCAUCAGAAUCCAAGGGUACUGUUAUCCUACAGAACCUUACCAAUUCCUUUAAUUCUUCUUACUUGAGCAGUGAUAAUGAUUCAGAAAUUGAAGAUGAAGAUAUGAGGAAAGAGCUGCAUCGGCUGAGGGAUAAACAUUUGAAAGAGAUUCAAGAAUUGCAAUCACGACAAAAGCAGGAGAUUGAGGAACUUUAUAUAAAAUUGGGUAAGGCGCCACCUGCUGUAAUAAUUCCACCUGCAGCACCCCUGUCUGGACGUCGCAGACGACCCACAAAAGGGAAAAGCAGCAAGUCCAGUCGGAGCGGCUCUCAAGGACAGAAAAGUCCCUUACUUUCAGGGUCUUUAACUGUUCAGAGUACUUCAGCGUUGACAACAUCACAGAUGCUGUUGCCACCUCAAACUACUCAUGAAUUCUCUGUUUCUGGACAAGGUCAUUUGCUGAAACCCUCACCAUCCAGUGAAAACUUGCACUCUGCUUUCACAAGUGAAGGGGUGAUUUCUGGGCAAAGUGUCCCUUGUACUGGACAAGGCUCAGCAGCGUUUCACUGUGCAUCUGAACAAGUAACAUUUAAACUUGGCGGCAGAAGGACAAGGUUUCUGAGUACGCCCUGUCUGGCUCUUUGGAAGAUGGUGAAAAAAGUCUGCCCAUGCAACCAACUGUGUAGGACAACUAGCACAAAUGCAGUAAGUGGGGUUGGGCAAAUGGCCCAACAACAACCAGCAAUGACGACUAGAAAAGGCACCUUCACAGACGAUUUGCAUAAGCUAGUAGACAAUUGGGCUCGAGAUGCUAUGAACCUUUCACAGAACAAGCGUGGCAUCAAGCAGCAGGGUCAACCAGGCCAUCAUUACUCAGAAACAAUGCCAAGGAAGUAUUCAGCACCAGGUCAACUUUGUAUCUCCAUGACCAACUCUGUGGGAGGAUCUUCUGCUGCCUCAGUGGGUUCACUGAAUCCUUUUAGCAAGACCCCUCUCUGCCAGUAUGGUUAUCCUGGAGCACCCUAUAGUGCCCAGUGGACUGGAGCACCUCCCCAACAACAGCCAGGGAUUAUACCACCAACAGCUGGUCUUCAGUUUCAAGGAGUUGGUAGCACUUCACUACAGAGCUUUCCCUUGGGUACUUUGCAGAAAUCUGUCAGCAAUCCUACUGGAUCCAAUCUUAGGACAACAUAGAUGCUAGUUCUGGAUAAGUGUGAUCAAUAGAUUGAGUGGAAUUCAGGGUUUAAUGCCUCUGCUGAUGUUGCCAGGGAUAGGUCAUAGAGCUUCAAAGUAUACAAAUGGCUGACACUGCUUUUAUAUACACAGCAUCAUUGAGAGCUAUUUUACUAGUUCUGUUUCAAACAGCGUUCUGUGCGGACAUGUAUUUACCCAUCAGUUUUUGAUGUUCAAACACUGUGAUAUAAAUGUUGUUGGACAACAGUAGUAAAAGUGAAUUUAGAGGGUUUAAAGUUUUAAAGAAAAACAAAAAAAAAACUAAAGCUAGCUAUAAUCCAUAAUUAUCAGAGACACUUUAACUUCCUUUGUUACUUCAUUGUAUUAGGUAAAUAAAUGUGAAUGUAAAAUUGUAUAAAUGUACUUGAAUACCUGUUUUCCCAGUAUGCUUGCUGGAUUCAUAGUGCCUUGUAUUGUGCUUCUGACUUGUCUGCAGGAAAGCACUUAGUGUCCCCAAACAGCAAAAUUAAAAAAGGGAGCAAGUGAAGAUGGAGUUGUGGUAAUGCGGAUAGUUACACUUGUUCUUUAACACACCUGUUGUCACUGGCAGCGACUGAAAUGCCAUCCAUUCCCCCUAAAUGUGUUCAAUACUUGUCCUUCCCUCCCAGUGAUAGCCUUCUAAUUACUGAAAAAGUGGAGUCACUAAAAGCUAAAGUAAUAGUUUAAGUUUUCUUGUGUAGUUUAAGGGUCUGCAUUUUUUGGAAUUUUCAUCAAGUGCUGUUGUUUCCAAAAAUGCAUUGAAAAACUAAUUUGCAUUUGAUUCUAUUAAAGUCACCAAGUCAAAAUAUUAUUUAGUAGUUUUUAUCAGCAUGAAUAGUGCUGAUACAUGUUUAAAAUAGCAAGCCCUCUACAUGCCAAAAUAUGUUUUAUUUUCCUUUGUUUUUAAAUUGGUGGAAGAAAAUUAGGUGCUGCAAAGAAUCCACCAUUAAUCUUUAAGUGUAAUUCCUCAUCGCAGUUUAUUGAUAAUCUUAUUUAUUGUACACAUGACCAUUGUAAAAUUUACUUUGUAUUUUGAGGCUCUCACCAUUAAAAUAAUGUUUGAAGCAACACAGAAACAAUUGUAUGAACCCUGGAUAUAUGGGAAAUGUGAAAAAUGACAUGGAAAAUUUGUAAUCACUGAGGAAAGUCUUUCUCAAUACUAUCUUCCGGUUUUUCCUGGAAUGUAAAUCUUGAUAUCUAGAUAAAAUUUAGCAUUACCCAGAGUCUAUCCAGCAGUGAUCAUAUAUUUAGGCUGAGUGCACUAACUUACAGUAACUUCCAAAUUCAAAAUCAAGCUAAUGUUUAAAAAACUACAUGUUACAAUGUUAAAAAAGUCAGAUUUGUUUCCAAUAUGAACAAUUACCUUAAAACGUGGGACUUUUUUUCUUUCUUUAACCUGACCCUGAGAAUGUUUACUCUUCCUCUUCACAUUUCAAUCUAAGCUACACACUUAAUUUUGUUUUACCAGGUAUUUACAGAAAUGUGACUUGUGAAGAACUGGUUGAGGGAGUUGUGUUGCAGUUUUUAGUGAUAUGAAAAAUAAAGGAUAAAGGACAAAUAUACAAAAUUUGGAUGCCAAGGUUGUUUUAGAGUUAAGUUUCAGUUCUCUGACUUCAUGAAAGAACUGUUAAAACCCUGCAUUUGUAAUUGUUGCAAAUUGCAGGUGAGCACUUUAUUUUGUUUUUCUUUCCAAGUAAAUUGAGGAAGGUUGCACCAUUUAUUAAAAUAUUUUUCAAUAUAAAUGAAAGGUUAGUUCUGCUGUAACUGUUAUGACAAUUCAUGGAACUGAAGCAUUUGUUAGUGCAGCACGUGUUGCAGACUGUUGCUGACAUGUGAGCCUUAAACAAUAUUGAAGAGUUGGGAAGCUUAAAAAUUGAAGUUGUAGAGGUAGACAUACUAUAGCAAAUUAUUCCAUUAGCUCUUGUUUGGAACACCCAAACUCUAAGAAAAGCAUGCUUUGAAAUCCAAGUUCCCUUGUAAAAAAAAAUGUUAUGAAGAAUACAGUACACUUUUGUCUCUUUCAAGACUUUAAUACAAAAAGCUUAGAAUUAUAGUGUAAUGUUAUUGUUAUUUGGAGGUGUAAUGGUAUUCUGUACACCUGCUUUGGGGAAGGGAGGGUUGGCAUUUCUUUUAUUUUAGACAGGUAGGCAUGAUAAAACUUUUAUUUCUCUGUCUUUGCUUCCCUUUUAAUAAAAUUUGAACUGGUAUGAGGAUUGUUUCAGCAGGUGCUUUUGUAACUUCUACCCUAUGCUUAAUGAUAUUUCUUAUUCUGUAUGUGGAUUCCUUUCAAGCAAAGGAAAUAAAGGCAAGUACUGCAAUCAGUAUUAUUCCUUAGACUGCAAUAAACUGUGAAAAGUCCACAUUAUUAUGUCGCUUUUAAGUCGAGAGUAACAUUUAUCAGAUGAGUUACCUGACCUCUUGUAGGGGGGUGGGGGGGGAGCCCUAGAUCUCUGAAAUGUAAACUAUUUGCAUGGGGUUGAGGAAGUGGCUCAAGUUUCUAAGUGGUGAAUUUUCUUCUAAACCCAUCACUUCACCUUUCUUCCACCCCCAAACAAAAGAACUCCAGUGGAGGUUGAUGUAGAAUAUGCAAUAAAUAAUCCUGGGACUGCUAUUGAGAAUAUGAUCUUGGUUACUUCAGAUUUUUGUUCCUUUUUCAGGACAGGCAGAGUUAUGAAUUUCAGUACAUGUAUGCUAUUCUUGUGCAUUGGGAUGCAUAUUAAUAUAUUCUCUAUUGUGUUGCUCUAUAGUUAUGAAUUAUUAUCAUCCAACAUCUAAAGCAAAAAGCAGCUGGUGUUCAUUUAUUUUAAACUGGGGUGCAGAGCCCAUUUCUUCCCCCAUAUUCUUGUUUUGGGCUUUUUAAUGUGGAAAAAUUGGACCUAUUUACUUUCCCUUUGUAAGGAAAACAAUUGGGGAGUAAGAUGUACAACUAUAAAUGCUACUGACGUGCAUUAAAUUAUUUUCUGUAAUACCUUUCUCCCCACUGUAUCUACCCCUUCCUAUUGCAACAAAUUGCAGUCUUGAACCUCUUCUGUUGCUCUGGAGUUCAAUGUCUGUCCAAGAGAUCUUUCAUUAUUUAACAUUGUACACUGUAAAGAAAUGUGGGGAUCAUUUGCAACAUGAAUUGUAUGUUUGCACUAAAUAAGGGUGUUGAGCUACAUGCAAGAUUGCGCUUUGCGCUGAAAUUUGUUACUUUCUUUGUAGAUUAUUAACUGAAAUCAUUCAAAUAAAAAUGAUCUAAAACUCAGUGUUU